UAGGAUUUGGUGAAAAUGAAUAUAUUCGUAAACAUCUGCUGAAACGACUUAUAUUCCAUUGUGUGGUGGCCUCCUCUCCAUCGCGAUAAGGAAGACGACCGAGGUCUCCCUCGGAGAUGCCAUCGGAAAUGGAGAAGCAGCCUCCGCCGUUGAUCGUGGCAAUGAAGGGUCACCCGGGAACCGGCAAGUCCACCCUCGCCCGCGCCAUCUCCGCCGCCCUCGCCUGCCCGCUCCUCGACAAGGACGACGUUCGCGACUGCACCCUCCCCGUCCAACACGCCCUCUCCGACACCGGCACCGCCGUCGCUGCCGCCGGCCUGCUCAACGACCUCUCCUACUCGGUCAUCUGGCGGCUGGCCGCGACCCAGCUCCGCCUCGGCCUCUCCGUCGUCGUCGAUUCUCCCCUCUCCCGCCGCGCCCACCUCGACCGCCUCCUCGUUCUGGCCCACGGCGCCGCCGCCGCCGGGGUCGUCGUCGUCGAGUGCCGCCCCAAGGACGCGGCCGAGUGGCGCCGCCGGCUGGAGGCGAGGGGCGCCGCCGCGGGGAGCGGCGAGGAGGGGUGGCACAAGCCCGGGACGUGGGAGGACCUGCAGCGGCUGCUGGAGGGCUACCAGGGGUGCACCGACUUCGACGUCAGCGACGUGCCGAGGCUCGUCGUGGACACCACCGCGGCCGACGAGAUGGUGGCGACGGUGCUCGAGUUCAUCAGAAGCGCUCGAUAACAACAUAAUACAACGAAUUGGAUAUUUGGGAGAAAAGAAGACAUAUUUGCAUCAGCACUCGAUCAAUUGAAGGCUGUCUUAACUUCUGCACAUUGAAACACAGGAAAACAUGGCAGAAGACCGAAGAAUAGAAUUGGCAGAUGCUUAUUCACACAGUCUCUGAUCUGUUCUAUCUUGUUGCUCAUUAUCUCUGUAAAUUGGAACGAAGAAGAACCAUCUGGCAUAAAGUGUAAUGUAUGAUGUGCAUAAAGCACUUGUUCAUUUUGUAUCAAUAAAACAUACAAAGGGUUUAUAUAUAUAAUCUAAAUUUACAUAUAUUAUUCUGUAUUCAACAAAAAAUAUAAAUUCCGUU